AUGAUAGGAGGCAUUUUCCCAAUUUAUUCCAAACAGGAGAAUAUGCUUUUUUCAUUUAAUAUCAAACCAAAAAUGAUAGAAUGUAAUGGAUUUGGAUUACAAGCCUUUAGCUGGAUGAGUGCUAUGGUUUUUGCAAUAGAUGAAAUAAACCAAGAUAAUACGUUGCUUCCUAAUAUUUCUCUGGGAUAUAUAAUUGUGGAUUCUUGUUCCUCUCCUACUCAAGUUUUAAGAUCUGCACUUACUUUGAUGAGCACAUCGGAACAAGGGUUCUCUCAAUGUCAUCCACCUCCUAUUGUGGCUCUUAUAGCUGAAUCAGGAUCUACUCAGUCAUUAGUUGUGGCCGGAGCAGUUGGGCCGUUUAACAUACCAAUGGUGAGCUACUUUUCAACAUGUGCAUGCUUGAGUGACAAAACAAAAUAUCCUGCAUUUUUCCGAACAAUACCAAGUGAUUACUAUCAAGCAAAGGCUAUGGCUUUCCUGGUCAGACGAUACGGGUGGACCUGGAUUGGAGUUAUACAGUCUGACAAUGAUUACGGACGAAAUGGGAUAUCAGCGUUCAGACAGGAAGUGGAGGCUUAUGGGAUUUGUAUUGCAUUUGUUGGCACAAUUUUGCGCACAUACCCCCAUAGUAAAAUUCUUGAAGCUGUUGAUCUGAUAAAACAAUCAACUGUCAAGGUGAUUCUUGCAUUUGUGCCAGAAAGAGAUAUUGAUCCUUUAAUGAAAGAAGUGGUAAAACAGAACAUUUCAGGAAUACAGUGGAUUGGAAGUGAAUCCUGGGUAAAUGCAGAGAGUCUUUCUACACCAGAAAUGUUUACACUUUUUGGAGGAACAGUAGGACUUGCGAUCCGAAAGAUGGCCAUGCCAAAAAUGGGACCGGUCUUUAAAGAUAUCAGCCCUUACAAUGAUCCAGAGUUCCCCUUUGUCACUGAAUUCUGGGAAACAUUGGUAACUGAGCAAUUGAAAAAAGUGCAUUUUGUGGAUGCAUUUGGAGAGGUUGUCUACUUUGACAACAGUGGAGAUCCUCCUGCUACAUAUGAAGUCAUAAACUGGCAGAUGAGAGAUGGGCAAACACCAAAAUCUGUUUGCUCAGAAAUCUGUCCACAAGGCACAAGGAAAGCACAAAUUAAAGGUUUACCUCUGUGCUGCUUUGACUGUAUUCCAUGUGCUGAUGGUUCUAUAUCAAACACAACAGCAACUGAUUGCAUCAACUGCCCUGAGGAGUACUGGUCUAAUGAAAGAAAAGACAGCUGCAUCAUAAAAUUAAUCGAGUUCUUAUCAUACAUUGAAACAAUGGGCAUAAUUCUUAUGGUUUUAUCACUACUGGGUGCCUGUUUAACAUUUUCUACUUUGGUGGUGUUCAUUCACUUUAGAGACACACCAAUUGUAAAAGCAAAUAAUUCAGAACUGAGUUUACUUUUACUUCUUUCUCUUAUAUUUUGCUUCCUCUGUCCUCUCACAUUUAUUGGAAUGCCAACAGUCUGGUCCUGCAUGUUGCGUCACACAGCAUUUGGUAUUGCUUUUGCCCUCUGCAUUUCCUGUAUGUUGGGGAAAACUAUAGUUGUGGUAACGGCCUUUAGAGCAACUUUACCAGGGAACAAGGUGGCCCAAAAUUUUGGCCCACCUCAACAAAGGGCCAUUGUGUGUUCAUGCACUGCAGUUCAAAUAGUUAUUUGUGUUAUUUGGCUAAAUGUUGCACCACCAUUUCCUAAUAAAGUCUUUGAACAACGCAGUAAGAAAAUAAUUUUAGAGUGUAACACAGGCUCAGAUGCUGCCUUUUAUGCUGUUCUAGGUUACAUUGGUCUUCUUGCCAUAGUGUGUUUGGUUCUGGCAUUUUUAGCCAGAAAGCUACCUGAUAAUUUCAAUGAAGCCAAAUUUAUCACAUUUAGUUUGCUUAUAUUCUGUGCAGUUUGGAUCACAUUUAUUCCAGCUUAUGUCAGCUCUCCUGGGAAGUAUACAGUAGCUGUAGAAAUAUUCGCAAUUUUGUCUUCAGCUUUUGGCCUGUUGUUAUGCAUUUUUGUACCAAAGUGUUAUGUUAUUUUAAUUAAACCAGAGAGAAACACAAGAAAACAUAUUAUGGGAAAUAAUCUGAAGGUUAAUUAA